CUCCCUUGAAACCUCCAAACAAACGCCAACGAAGAAGACGAAGGCGUAGAAGACGAAGAAGAAGAGAGAGAGAGAGAGAGAAAGCUCCAUCAACAAAUCCCCCCUCUCCUCUCUCUCGAUCUGCGUUGAUCGAUCGAUCGAACUCUUCUUCGUCUCCAUCUCGAUCUCGAUCUCGAUUUAGGUAUCGACUUCGAUCGAGAGAGAGAGAGAGAGAAAGAGAGAUCUCGAUCGAUCGGAAUCUGCGAGGUCGCCAUUAAUGGAGCUCCAAUCGGGGGCUCGGCUCGCGGCGCAGCAGUACCUGGCGCUGCUCCGGAAGAACGCGAUCCUCACAUGGCGGAACAAGCGAUCGGCGUUCCUGCAGCUCUUCUCCUCGCUCUUCUUCAUCUUCCUCAUCUUCUGCAUCGACCGCGCCGUGCGGUCGCGCUUCGCCUCCACCACCGCCUACAAGAACGUGUACGACCCCGAGGCGGUCGUGUCCCCCCCGAUCCCCCCCUGCGAGGACAAGUUCUUCACGAAGGUCCCCUGCUUCGACUUCGCCUGGAGCGGGAACUCCAGCGCCCGCGUCGCCACCAUCGUCGCCGCCAUCAUGCGCAACAACCCCGGGAGGUCGAUCCCCUCCGACAAGGUCAUAUCAUUUAGAAAUUCUGAUGAAGUGGAUGCAUGGCUGUUAAGUGAUCCUAUGCGUUGUCCUGGUGUUUUGCAUUUUGUGGAAAGAAAUGCCACUGUUAUAAGCUACGGCAUACAAACCAACUCCACUGCAGUGGCUAGGAGAGGAACAUAUGAGGACCCCACCUUCAAGUUCAAGAUUCCACUUCAAAUUGCUGCCGAGCGGGAGAUAGCUAGGUCUCUAAUAGGAGAUCCAAAUUUUAGCUGGAUGGUGGGAUUUAAAGAAUUUGCUCAUCCAGCGACCCAAACUUUUUCUGCCGUCGGGCAAGCAGGGCCAACUUUUUUCCUUGCGAUUGCCAUGUUUGGCUUCGUUUUCCAAAUAAGUUCUUUGGUUACGGAGAAAGAACUUAAACUACGGCAGGCCAUGUCUAUUAUGGGCCUCUAUGAUUCUGCCUAUUGGUUGUCUUGGCUUACAUGGGAGGCCUUUCUCACACUUAUUGCUGCUCUUUUUACUGUACUUUUUGGGAUGAUGUUCCACUUCGACUUUUUCCUGCAUAACGGUUUUGCUGUUCUAUUCCUCCUGUUCUUCCUGUUCCAACUUAAUAUGCUUAGCUUUGCUUUCAUGAUAUCAACUUUCAUUACCAAGUCAGCAUCUGCCACUACUGUUGGAUUUUCAAUAUUUAUUAUUGGGUUCUUGACCCAGCUUGUUACAACAUUUGGAUUUCCAUAUGCUACCAGCUUUAAGAGAUAUCUUCGAGUGAUUUGGUCCUUUUUCCCUCCCAAUCUUUUUGCAAAAGCUCUUGAUACGCUUGGGCAGGCAACAUCGACUCCUGAAGACAAAGGCAUUAGCUGGAGUAGCCGCAACCAAUGUACAACAUAUGAAGAAGAUUGCGUUAUAACUAUCGAGGAUAUUUACAGAUGGCUCCUCUCAACAUUCUUUCUGUGGUUUAUUCUGGCGAUUUACUUUGACAACAUAAUUCCAAACGCAAGUGGUGUGAGGAAAUCUGUGUUUUACUUCUUGAAUCCUUCAUAUUGGACAGGGAAAGGUGGAAACAAGGUGGAAGGAGGAAUCUGUAGCUGCAUUGGUUCAACUCCACCGGUGGAAGAUGUUGCUCCAAGUGAUGAGGAUGUUCUUGCGGAGGAAACCAUUGUGAAGCACCAAGCGGCCAGUGAUGAGAUAGAUCCUAGUACUGCUGUUCAAGUACGUGGCCUAAUGAAAACAUAUCCUGGCACCACAAAUGUUGGUUGCUGUAAAUGCAAAAGAACUCCCCCCUACCAUGCGGUUAAGGGUAUAUGGGUAAACCUCGCAAAAGACCAGCUAUUUUGUCUUCUUGGACCCAAUGGAGCUGGUAAAACAACUGUUAUUAAUUGUCUGACCGGCAUCACACCAGUGACAGGGGGAGAUGCAUUAAUUUAUGGCUAUUCUGUUCGAAGCAAUGUCGGAAUGUCAAACAUCCGAAGGAUGAUCGGAGUUUGCCCACAGUUUGAUAUCUUGUGGGAUGCAUUAUCAGCUGAAGAACACCUACAUUUGUUUGCUAGUAUUAAAGGUCUGCCCCCUUCCACAAUCAAAUCGGUUGCUGAAAAAUCGUUAGCUGAGGUGAAACUCACAAAUGCGGCUAACGUUAGAGCGGGGAGUUAUAGUGGAGGAAUGAAGCGUCGGCUGAGUGUUGCAGUAGCCCUUAUUGGCGACCCAAAAAUGGUCUUUUUGGAUGAACCAACUACUGGUAUGGAUCCGAUAACUCGGAGGCAUGUGUGGGAUAUAAUAGAGGAUGCAAAAAAGGGAAGAGCUAUUGUAUUAACGACCCACUCUAUGGAAGAAGCCGACAUUUUAAGCGACAGGAUAGCUAUCAUGGCUAAGGGGAAAUUGCGAUGUAUAGGAACCUCAAUUCGGCUGAAGUCGAAAUUUGGAACUGGCUACAUUGCUAACGUGAGCUUCUCCGGAAAUGGUACAGGGCAAAGUCCAAUCAAUAAUAGUACAGCCCCGAGUGAACAUCAUCUCGAGCAAGUGAAGAGUUUCUUCAAAGAUCGCUUAAAUGUGGAUCCAAGGGAGGAGAACAGACAAUUCUUGACAUUUGUAAUCCCACAUGAUAAAGAGCCACUAUUAACGGAAUUCUUCGCGGAGCUUCAAGACAGAGAGAGAGAAUUUGGGAUUUCAGACAUACAACUCGGUCUUACAACACUCGAAGAGGUCUUCCUGAAUAUCGCAAAGCAAGCUGAGCUUGAAAGUUCCGCUGCCGAAGGAAACCUGGUGGUUUUGAACUUAUCUUCUGGAACUUCACUUCAGAUUCCAAAAGGAGCCAGGUUUGUCGGAAUUCCAGGGACAGAAUCGGCGGAUUAUCCGAGGGGUGUUAUGGUGGAGGUGUACUGGGAGCAGGAUGAUUCUGGCACACUCUGCAUCUCCGGCCACUCAUCUGAAAUCCCAAUUCCGCCCAAUGUCGAGCUAACUAGGGCUCCCUCGCUCUCCCGCGGAGCCUCCCUCUCCCGCAGAGCCUCCCGUGCCCGGACGCCUCUCGGGAUUGUCCUCGACCCCACCCAGAUCUUGAAUGGAAGGUGAAUGUUGAUGCAUGUUGUUGGUUAAAUGUAUUAUGCACCAACUUGGUUUCUGUAUGAUUCAGCUUAUACCUGUGAUGCCUUCUUUCCCCUGCCCUUUUUUUUUUUCUUCACCUUGUGGUGUAAAGGUUAGAUAUUGGAUUUUGACCAGUGCUUCUACAGUAUCUGUAAGUAAUUAUAGCUCCACCCCCAAAGGGGUCAGUAUCGCGUGACACUGAUGUUUGUUCAUUGAGCUAAAUUAUACAUGACUAAGAUACAGCAUUUUUUAGCCAGAA